UGCAUGAUCAUCAAUAGAAAGAACUGGUGUAUACAGCGACACAGAGAAGCAGAUUGAAGCAGUGAAACAGUUGGUCAAUGAAUUAGUGAAUCAUGGAUUAUAUGAAGUUCUUUGUUAUGAAGAACUUUGCCAACUUAGUAAUCAUGUCAAGAAUCCAGUAUCGGAUGGGAGAUGCCCUCAGCAUGACUAUAUUUUCCACCUCAUCCUUCAACAAGCUUGGGGUUCCACCUGGUGCACCUCCCAAACAACAACCCGAUUACCAUAGACUAGAUACACUAUUGAGUAUUGACAAUCAACAAGCGGUCCAACUUCAGCAGCAGCCACUUGAAGAAUCUUCUGCAUCGGCUGCCAGGAAAUUCCUAAUUCGGCUACAUGAUCAACAGGGUUAUGAUUCAACACCUUCCUAUGGAACAGUGGACAAACUGUCACAAGAAGGAUCCGCCUCUGCUUAUUGUGCACAGAGCGCCUCCACUAACACCCCCAUCUCAGCUAGGUACAGGAGCAAACCUGCGGCUCUGAAUCGAUAUGGCCAAACAACACAACUGAUCCAUCCUAGUUAGUUAUGGGCAGCCUUCACAGAUGCAGAAGUCGCCAUGUACUCCGGUUGUCAAGCAGACUAUAUGCAGAUGGUUGUAGGCAAAAGCGGUCCUGUGGACUGCCGCCGCAUAGCCAACCAGGUUAUAGUCAGCAGCAGCAGCCAUUGACUCAUGGUGAUGAUGGUUAUUCACAGCCUCCUGCAUAUCCUCAAGGACAAUGAUACUCUUUUUUUAUGCUUCUACUGCUGCACCAAUUGUUUCAAAAGUAAUUGUAAGCAAGGCACUCCCAACCUGAUAUUUCCCAGUAAGUCCUUUGUAGGGUUGUGGCCCUUGUGGACCAUUUUAUCAUUGUGCUGGUUCAGUAUCUAAGUGUUAAUGAUAACGGGGCUUUGUAUUGUGUUUUACAGCUUUCCAAUGAUGUGAUUUAGAUUAUCA